ACUCCACGCGCGCGCCAUCUCCAGUUCAAAGUUUGUCUGUGUGUUCGAUUCCAGGGCGGCAGCACGGUGCAGGAAGGAAGGAGAGAGGAAGCACUAAGGAAGGAGGAAGCAGGAAGGAAGGAAGGAGGUUCCGGCGGGACAGAGCCCGUCAAGGAGACGUGUUGGCGGGAUGAGACGGCGUCGCGCGCUGACAGUUUGGCGCGCACACUGCGGACGUGCGAGGAGACUGCUGUAGCGGAAUGUUGACGCGUUUCUCGAAUGCUCUGUCUUUGUCUCAUUGAUCCCAGUGGACCGGGACCCCGCCCGGAUCAGCAGCUCGCGUGAAAGCAGGUUCGAGGCGCCGGUGGCGCCAGCCUGCUGCUCGCGCAGGACCGGACGGGACCGGACCCGGAGCACGUCCGUGGUCCUCAUUGGAUUGUAAAUGGAGACCCCCCCUCCAUCCUGAAAGACGGACUCUCUCGGACUGAGGACGCCCCCCACCCACCUGCAGCCUCGUGCCUCCCGGGAAUUGUGAUAAAUUCCCUCGCGACGUUUCCUGGAUCAGGAAGCUGCUCAUCGAUGACGGCCACUGAUGGACAGCUGGACGAGCCAAUGAGGACCUUCUGUCACUCGUAGCCCCACCCACACGGGGGUUGCUCGCUGUCCUGUCAGAAGAGGACCGCCUUCCCUCUGAAUUUUUCAGUGGCGUCAUCAUCAUGGAGGCGUCGUCGCCGCUCCUCCCCCUGGUCUUUGUGGUGGCAUCCUGGCUCCUCCCCCUGUGCUCGGCGUCCAUGUUGUGUCCCAAACGCUGCACGUGUCAGAACCUGCUGCCCUCCUACACGGUGCUGUGCGCCAAGACGGGCCUGCUCUUCGUCCCGCCAAACAUCGACCGCCAGACGGCCGAGCUGCGUCUCAUGGACAAUUUCAUCACCACGCUGAGACACCGCGACUUUGCCAACAUGUCCAGCCUGAUUCAUCUGACGCUGAGCAGGAACACCAUCAGUCAGAUCCGACCUUUCACCUUCGCCGACCUCCAGGACCUCCACGCCCUCCACCUCGACUCCAACCGCCUGACCACGCUGGACGACGCUCACUUCCAGGGCCUGGUCAACCUGAGGCACCUGAUCCUGGCCAACAACCAACUCCACAGUAUCUCCCAUGGAGCAUUCCAGGACUUCCUGGAGACCCUGGAGGACUUGGACCUGAGCUACAACAACCUUGUGGAGGUUCCGUGGGAGACCAUCUCCCUGCUGGUCAGCGUCAACACGCUCAGUCUGGACCACAACUUGAUCGAGAGCGUUCCCGAGGGAAUCUUCUCCAACUUGCACAAGCUGGCCAGACUGGACAUGACGUCCAACAAGCUGAAGAAGAUUCCACCUGACCCGCUCUUCCUGCGCAUUCCCGUCUACGCCAAGAUGAAGGGCUCGCCGCUCAGCGCACUGGUGCUGAGCUUUGGCGGGAACCCGCUGCACUGCAACUGCGAACUGGUGUGGCUGCGCCGACUGACCCGAGAGGACGACUUGGAGACAUGCGCCUCGCCCAAAGACCUGGCCGGGAAAUACUUCUGGACCAUCCGUGAGGAGGAGUUUGUGUGCGAACCGCCGAUGAUCACUCGCCACACGUCUAAGAUGUUCGUGAUGGAAGGCCAGGAGGUCAGUCUGCGCUGUAAGUCCAUCGGCGACCCGGAACCUUCCACACACUGGGUCAGCCCCGACGGGAAGCUGAUGGGCAACACUUCCAGAACCGUCUGCUACGAGAACGGCUCUCUGGACAUCCUCAAGGCCUCCGUCAAGGAUUCCGGAAAGUUCACCUGCAUUGCGUCCAACGCCGCCGGCGAGGCCACGGCGCCGGUGGAGUUAGUGGUCAACCCGUCGCCGCACUUCGACUCCAAACUGGAGGCCGACCCCGGGCCCUCGGACGUGCCCACGUCCAUCAAGUCCAACAUCAGCGGCGGACAGGCGCGCUCCGACCAUCAGCGGGUCACCGUCUCUGACCUCACAUCCAGCACUGCCCUCAUCAGGUGGCCCCCACAGAACCACAUUCCAGGUGUGCGCACGUACCAGAUCCAGUACAACAGCUCGACCGACGACAUCCUGAUCUACAGGAUGAUCCCAGCCAAUCACAAGUACUUCCUGCUGAGCGACCUGGCGUCCUCUCGCGACUACGAGCUAUGCGUUCUGGCUGUCUACGACGACGGAGUCACAGCGUUGACGGGAACCAAGCUGGUAGGCUGUGUCGCCUUCGCCACCGAGCCCGAGUACGGCCGCUGUCACUCCAUUCGGGACCAGUUCCUGGGGGGCACCAUGAUCAUCAUCAUCGGGGGCAUCAUCGUGGCAUCCGUCCUCGUCUUCAUCUUCAUCCUCCUGAUGAAGUACAAGCUACACAGUAACCACUACAAGCACAAGAACGCCGCUCGCCACGCCAACGUGUGCUCCCAGACCAAUGGAGGAGGAGGAGGAGGCGGAGCCAGCGUCCUGGCUGUCCAUCCCGCCUCCUCCACUGCGGGCCAAGGUGACAAAGAGGGGCGGGGCGUCUGCGUCGCCACGUUUUUCCUUCAACGUCUCCUAACGUGCCUGCCAUCACCUUGUCAUCUCGCAGGUGCUAAAAAAUGCAGCCAAUCGAUGACGGCGGCGGAUGGGCCGGCUGCUUCCCGCCGAGGAACGACUGUUGUGGAUUUAGAUCCCGCCCACGAUGACGACGCUGUGUCGCAAUAACACACAACUAACUGUCAGUCAAACCCACAAACCAAUACUCCACCUUCCCUCCCCCCUUUUUGAUUUGCUGCUGGCGCCCGGAGCCGAGCUGGGCGGGGCGGCGAGGAGCGGCGCCCCUCAUUGGUGCCUUCCCGGGUCACACGGUCACACGUGCCUCCAGUGAGCUCCAGAGUAAAGUGGACUAGAACCGAAGGAGGCCGGCCCAGUACCGCGAAGGACCCCUUUUGACUCGGCUCGGCUCCUUGGCUAGCGCAAACAACGCCAAAGGAUUCUUAGACUUUUCGUUCCGCUAUUGGGAGGAGGACACCGUGAGACGUGAACUUUUGUGGCAACUUCAUCAAGACGUGGUCUUCAUCGAGAUAUAUUCCUGUGUGGACGUACAAAAAGAACCUUGGCAGCUCCGAACGAGGAGCGAUGAUGUUAGUUAAAAUAUGGCUGCCCGUUGAAGGAAGAUGCCCCGCCCCCUCACUGUUGGCCUCGUCGUCUGUGUUGGUAUGUGCCCCCACCCCACCCACCACCGUCUUCUUCGUUGGUUUGAUACUCUUCAGUUUCAAACAUCACUUGAUGCUUUGAUAGGAACAAUGGUGUGGAUUUCUAAUGAAAUAAAAAGUAUUUUUAUUGGAAAACCUCCUCAGUCGUCGUUUAGUUUGGUGGUCUUCACGUUGGCGGGCAAGACCUUGGCUUCUCGGAGGUGAAAGAGGCGGUAGAAGCCGUUUCUGAUUUCGGCGGUGCGGACGCCGUAGAUGACGGGGUUGGCAGCAGCGGGGAAGAGGAUGUAGAGGAGGCCCAUGGCGGUGUUGGCGUCGGUGGGGAUGUUGAUGUUGAGGUUGUGCGACAGGAAAGUGACGCUGCCCACCAGGUAGAAGCACAUCAUGACAAUCAGGUGAGUGGCGCAUGUGUGGAAGGCCUUCCAGCGGUCCUCACCGGCCGCCCGCAGCACGGCGCUCAGGAUCUUCAUGUAGGAGAAGAAGAUGAGCGGGAUGUCCACGCCCACGAAGCACACGAUAACGGCCAGGCCCGCCGCCCGGCUGUGCUGCGUGUCGCCGCAGGCCAGGCUGACCAGGGCCAUGUGGUCACAGUAGCAAUGCAGGAUGACGUUGGAAGCGCAGAAGCGCAGCGAGCCCGCCAGGCCCACCAGUGUCGCCAUGACGGUGCCGCUGCGCACCAACGUGAAGAGCAGCAGCUUGAUGAACACCGAGGAGUUGGCCAGCUCGUUGUAGCGCAGCGGCUGGCAGAUGGCCACGUAGCGGUCCAGCGACAUGGCCAGCAGCAAGGUGGACUCCACUGACGACAGGAAGUGGGUGACGAACAUCUGCGCCAAGCAGCCGGCCAGUGAGAUGCUGUUCCAGUCCAGCAUCAGGCCCAGCAGGGUGCUGGGAACAAUGGCGCUGACCGCUGCCAGGUCCACUGCGCACAGCAUGCAGAUCAGCAGGUACAUGGGGCUGUGCAGGCGCUCCACGCUGCAGAUGACGUACACCAGCAGCGCAUUGCUCAGCAGCGCCGACACAUAGGCGGCGGCCAGUGGCGGCGCCACCAGCCAGCGAUGCUCGUGCAGCUCGGGGAAGCCCCGGAAAAUGAAGGCAUUGUGCGACGAGUUCUUCUCCCUCGGCGGCAACAUGGCACUCGACACCUCUGAAACACACGUGCACGGAUCACGUGUUAACCAGCUAGCACGCUGCUGUUGUGACCGGUAAAAAUGUGCAUGUCGUCCUACCUGUUGUCUGUUGGCACCAAUCGUUCACAGCAGGACGCGCCGCGUCUUGUUUUGUCUUAUACCCGACCAUGAAAUGUCCCGCGGGAAACUGUUACCGAAUGCAGCAGCACUUUGAUUGGUCACAGAACCCAAAUUAAACUCCAGGGUCUCAUCACGGAGAAGGGAAAUCGUCCUAACGAGGAGCAAUCACGCUGUUCACAAAUGACGCUUUAGCUCCACUCGUCUUUUUCAGUUAGCUUGUGCGCUAGCCUAAAUAUGUCCUUCUUAUUUUACAAAAAAAUGUGUAUUUUUGUGAAAUGAAACGUGUCGUCAGAAGUUCAGAUGAAGGCGUCGUUGCUCCUCCACGCUAAUUAGCGCCGCUCUCGCUUCCUGUGAGGACACACUGUUAAUUAUCUGCUUAACGAGUCCUUUCUUCUACAGACUGAGGUCGUAUUAAUGACGUUUUAUUUUUUUAAUCCCGUGCUAAUGCUACACUGUUGCACAUGUUCAACAAACAACAACAUACAAGCUAAUGAGUGAACGUGGGAGCUGACGAGGAGGAGGGUGUUGAUCUUCUGGAACACGAAGAAAGACCUGAGUUUAAUUAAAGCACCAAGGAUCGCGUGGUGGCAUCUCUGUAUGGUGUUUUGUCCGGGUACUCCGGUUAACUGGCAACUCUUAAAUUGUCCAAAGGUGUGAAUGUGUGUGUGGCAGGUUGUUUGUCUUUAUGUGCCUUGCGAUUGGCCGUCCAGGCCUCUCGCCCAAAGUCAGCUGGGAUUGACUCCAGCAUACCCCCACGACCCUAGUGAAAAGGGGAAUACGGUGUCUAAUAUGACAGGAUUUAUUUGUGAUGUCUGAAUGCAAAUCGGUUGAUAUCGGUUUCGAUGAAGCUCUGGACGAUAUCGGUGAGAAAGCCAAUAUCACGCAUCUCUAAUUGUCGUCAGUCUUAUGGGUAUUCUGUAGACCAGUGGUUCUCAUCUGGUGGGUUGGGACCCAAAAGUGGGUCCUGGAACCGUUUUCAGUGGGUCUCGGAUCUUUUCCUGGGAAUGGAAAUGACCCAAUGUCUGUGAAGGCACCUCAUGUUCUUGUCGGCACUAUCCGCGAGGUGCGCUCCAUGUUUCUGAGCGACUGUCAAGCUUGAGUGGAAGAGGAAGAGGAGUGGAGACUGCUGCGGAUAUCUGCUAGAGAAGAGCGCGCCAUAAAGAGGCUGCAGCUCAUGCCCUCUGUUACCUUGAAGGAGGUUGGAUGCAGGGUCUGAUGCGGGGGGUGGUUUAUGGAUGGAUGCUGAAGUACGGGGGACACAAUCGAUUCAUAAAAAUGAAACACGAACUGACGAAAGACACAAGCUCCUAAGACGGCAGAGCCGUGAGCCUUGAUGUACGACUUGCUUGCCGCUAUUUCAACUGCGUUGCUAAUCCAAACAGCAGCACCUAGCGAGCCAUAACACAGCAAAGAAGGCAUUGUUUGUGAUUACCUGGCGGGAUCGUCUUUCACUUUCUUUCACUACAUUCUACUUUCUGUUGUUGGUGUCCACACAUACAAACACACACACACAAACUCACCGUAUCGUGGUUUCAUCAAGGUCCUUGAAGGCCACCACAACAGCAAAACCUUACAAACGAGGCUUUAAGUAUGACAUGUUGUUAGCCUCUGCUUUGCUGUUGCACAACAAAAAACCCCACAUCAUUAGUGAACUCCCUGGGGUCAAAGGUCACUCAUUGGUGUCAACAUGUUUGUCCGUGGCUUUAGCCGCGUGAGACCCGUCGCCUUAAUGGCGUCCCCCGGGACACGCUCGUUAGCGCUUCAUCACUCCAAACGGAGAAACAAACACUUUAAAUUGGUUCAUGAUCAUCUCAAAGUAACUUCACUUCAAUAAAACACCACAUUGUACUACAAAAUGUUACAUUUCAUUUGACAGAGUCAGCUUGUUACAUUUAAACACUUGGAAACUAACUAACGGACAAAAGCAGUACAUUUUUUUUUUUCAUUGUUGUCUUAAUGUGUGAGUCUUUUCAUUCAUUUUCAGGGUUGCAGGGAAGCUGGAGCUGGAAAAGUGCACUGAUUUUGGAAUCAUCCACAAUCCUUAUGUGAGACUUAUGUGUCAUCCUUAUGUGUAACUCCAAAAACCGCCACCAAUGCUCCGUUUAAUGUGACCUGCAUAUUAACCAAGCUACAGCUUAUUAUUAUUAUUAACAUUGUUAUGCCAAAGAACUACUUUACUGGUGUAGUGACACCACACCUUAACACCUGUUCACCUUAACAACAAACUGGACUGGUCCGUCAACACCCACGCCCUCUACAAGAAGGGCCAGAGUCGCCUCCACCUGCUGAGGAGACUGAGGUCCUUUGGUGUGUGCAGGACUCUCUUACAGACCUUUUAUGACUCUGUGGACUCCGUGGAGGAAGGGGGGAGAGAAGGAUGUUGGCUAAGCUGACAUCCAUCAUGGACAACACCUCUCACCCCCUACACGACACUGUGGUUUCCCUGGGCAGCUCCUUCAGCAGCAGACUGUUACACCCACGUUGUAAGAAGCAAAGGUUCCGCAGGUCCUUCAUACCGACCGCUGUCAGGCUCUACAACACCUGUACCACCUGAACCAUGUCAUAGUCACUAUGUCACUAUGCAUUCUUUACUUGCGUAUCUUGCUUGCUGCUGUAACAAGUGAAUUUCCCUGCUGUGGGAUAAAUAAAGUACAAUACAUUACAAUACACCACACCGGCUUGCUACUAGCCAACUAGCGACUAGGUUCACCACACACUUGCUCACAAUGCCCCAGGCCACUGCCGAAAGGUCACGCUACAUAUUGGAGCUGCCGCCACUGCUGCUGUGUUUUUGUUUAUGGAAAAGUUCACGCUAGGUGUAGCGUUCCUUUCUAUGUGAAAUCAACGCACCCAGGAAGGAAGUUCCACUAAUGCUUAAAAUCACCAAAAAUACUUUACAUGUUAUCAUGAAUGUGCCUGUUACUACAUGGUUCCAACUACAAAAUGUUGUUGGUGUUUUAAUAGUGGGCCCAUUACAUGCAUGAAUUGGGGGGACAGAGCCAAUUCAUGACAGAGCCCUCUCUGUUGCAGCCCCCUCCCUCUGGAACUCACUUCCGCCGCACAUCCAUGACACUGCUGACCUUACCACUUUCAAGACUAACUUAAAAACACACUUGUUCUGCGCCGCUUUUAAUAGACAGACUCUUUAAAACGUACAUGUUAAGUAAUACGUCACAUUGCAAUCUUUUAAUCUUGUCUUUUGUAUGCAAUUGUAACUAUUUCUCCUGAACUUUGCUCUUUGGUUUU